GAUCGCUCAAUCAUACCGUUGUGUGUAUCGCUCGUGGAGUGCAGCAGUAGUGAUUUUUUCUCUUUCGCCCUUUCCUGUGGCAGAAAUUGUCCUCGCGGAUUUUCUUUCCCUCGGUACGGGCUGCGAAUUACCGUCAGAAAAUUCGUGGAUCGCAGAUUUCUUCCGUCGUUUCACACCGGGUCGACGUCGUCGCGAGUGUCGGGUGUGCUAUAGCUACUAACCCUCCCGGAAGAGAGUGCAAAUCCGGUUUUACCGGAGCGUAGGAACGAACAUUGUGCUCUCGGUGUGACGUCGCACACCAUUUUUCUUUUCGCGUUCGCAAUCACAUUCGGUCGGUGGCGGAAGAAUAUAUUCCUCGCACAUUCCACUGACGAAAAAAAACGUGAAAAACUGGCUGAGCCAAUUGGGCCCCCGUGUAGUCGUGUAUGACUAUAGUGAUCCAUUCGAAUGGUGGAUUACGGAUUAGAAGUGUCGGUCAUUUGUGCGAGAAUUGUGGCUCGGAAAAAAGUUGAGCUUGAAAAUUUUUUUUCCAUCUUUUGUUCGAGUGAAGAGAGUGAGGAGUUGAGCUGGUUGGAGUGAGAAGGAGCGGGAGCUAGCGGUAGAAGAGUAGCAAAGCAGCACCGAAUUUACGGAAUAUACGGUGAGGUGCGUAUCAUCGAAUCUGCUCAACACUCAACUCGACGGCAGCGUCAGCAGCACACACAGUAGCAGCGACACCAGCCGAGUUAAAAAAGAGAUUACUAGGACAUUUUGCUGAACACCACCGACUACUUCGACAGGAAGAAUGAACAACUGGUUCUUGGUGUGACCGUAGUGCUGUGUCAAACCGGUAUUCCGUGUCAUACUGGUAGGGAAGGCAAUGUAUUGGUGAAUCGAUUUGAACAAUCGCAAAUCUCGUGUCGUUUGAGAUCAAAUAAUUAUCGCAAAGGAAGAAUAUUUCGUUUGGAUUGUAAUAGUUUUUAGUGAGGGGAAGAGGGAUCAACCCGGGGAGAAAUUAUCAGUGUGUGUUAUAGUUUGGAACAGAGUUGGGAGUAGUAGCGGACGAAGAGUAAGAGUGACGUAAGUGAAACGGCGAAGCCAAGCCUAGCCUAACCAAGUCGUGCCGGAACCGAGCCGGGCUCAAGUUAUGGAUCCGGCGGUCGCUUGGUUCCAAGAAGAGCAGGAAGGACCGGCGAAGCGUAUGUGGAUGAGUAUCUGGGAGACAAUGGCAGAGCUAGAUCCUCCAUUGACCGUCCCGGUUGAGAAUCUGAAACCGCAGCGGGCCGGCACAGAGAAGUCCAAUCGCGGCGGUGGAGAGAAUCGACUCAUUGGUGGAGGUGGUGGUAAUGGUGAUGAUCAGCAUCAUCAUGUAAACCAUCAUCAUCACCAUCACCAUCAUGGCAAUGCGUUAAGUGAAAAUAAUAACAACAAUAAUAAUACUAAUAGUAACAUCGGUGGCAACGGGAACGGUAACAACGGGAACAAUACGCCGACCGGUGGUGGUGGCGGCACUAUUCUAGUCAACAACAACGAGAAAAACUACAAUCCGACCAGGAAGAAAGCUGGCAGCACCGUCGACAACAAGGCUAGUACUUACAACAUGAACAAGCAGCAUAUGCGGCUAAUUGGAAUCCAUGGCGGAUGCCCAUGGCGUCCACCAACCUUCAAGUACGGAAGAGGAAUCAUUGGGUUGCACGAAGAGAUUGAACAAUUUUACGCCCACAUGAUACCGACGCCGACGGAGCAUGCGCUGAGGGUGCAGGUGGUCGCCCGGAUAGAGGCUAUCGUGUUGAAUCUCUGGCCAAUGGCACGGGUAGAAAUGUUCGGUUCAUUCCGUACCGGACUGUACCUACCCACGAGUGAUAUCGAUCUGGUUGUCAUCGGUCGUUGGGAUAAGUUACCAUUGCGCACUCUGGAGAACGAGCUGAUAAAUCGUGGCAUUGCUGAAUCGAUGUCGGUUCGGGUCCUGGAUAAGGCGUCGGUUCCCAUUGUUAAACUGACCGACCGGGAAACCCAGGUCAAGGUGGACAUCUCAUUUAACAUGCAAUCCGGUGUUCAGUCGGCCGAAUUGAUUAAGGAUUUCAAGCGGAAGUACCCGGUUCUGGCUAAGCUGGUACUGGUACUGAAGCAGUUUCUGCUGCAACGGGAUCUGAACGAGGUGUUUACCGGGGGUAUUUCCUCCUACUCGCUGAUUCUGAUGUGUAUUAGCUUCCUGCAGCUGCACCCACGAGCCAAUCUGAAUCAGACCACUAAUCUCGGGGUGUUGCUGUUGGAGUUUCUGGAACUAUACGGUAGAAAGUUUAACUAUAUGAAGACUGGAAUAAGUGUUAAAAACGGUGGCCGGUAUAUACCAAAAGAGGAGCUACAGCGAGAGAUGAUAGACGGUCAUAGACCUAGCUUGUUGUGCAUUGAAGACCCUUUGACGCCCGGCAACGAUAUCGGGCGAUCGUCCUACGGUGCCCUCCAAGUGAAGCAAGCCUUCGAGUACGCGUACAUCGUGCUCAUGCAGGCCGUUUCCCCGCUAAACAAAUUCCUCAACGACUGCAACCGGCAAAGUAUCCUGGGGCGAAUAAUCCGCGUCACCGAUGAGGUGAUCGAUUACCGCAAGUGGAUCAAGGAAACUUUCGAAUCAAGACUGAUAGCGGCUCAAACCAUUGUUCCCACGAUCCUGAACGAUCCGCUCAACCCGCAUAUUCCACUACACCUCCAGCCACAGCAGCAGCAGCAGCAGCAUCAACUGCAACCGGGCCACCAACAACACCCACAGAUAAUCUACACCCGACGGCGGAACAGUUUAUCCAGUGUGGACACCUCCGAGGAAAGCAUGGACAGCGACGGGGACUCGAACUCGGUGUCGCGGGAUAUUUCACCGACGAGCAUAAACCGAUCGCCGGAAUUGGUUCACGAUAUGCACCAUCCGAACGGUACUAGCGGGGGUGGGGGCGGUACUGUGGUGGUGCUUACUUCGCACAUCCCACAGCAGCACCCGCACGAGGUGCUCAUAGAGGAAAAUAAUGUGAUCAACUUGGCGAUGGCCCAGCAGCAGGCUCUGGAUGGUAUCAACGAGAAUCAGAUGAUCAGUUAUAAUAUGAACAACCGACGCAGUGCGUCCUCACCGCAUCAAAUAGUCAGUGGUGGUAAGAACGCUCCGAUGAACAUUUACACUCCACGCAGCAGUUCGGAGCGAAUGGCUCUCAGCGGAAAUGGAGGUGCUGGUAUCGGUGCCAACAAUAAUAACAACAACAGCAAUCAAUCCACCGGUGGUAACACCCUGGUGCGACAUAACAGCAAACAUCGCCGGUCGGUGAUUGGUCUGCUUGGGCACUACAUGAUCAAUCCGAAUAACAACGUGAACAUGAUCAACCUGACCAGCAGUAGCAGUAGCAGCAGCAACAACAGCAAGGACGAGAAUCUGCACCAGAGUAGCGUCAAAGAACCGAAACAGCAAACACCGAGCCAACCGUUGUAUAGCAUGAGCAAAAAGUCGGCACAGCAGGCUGUAAGCACCGCGACGUCCUCCUCCAAGCGCAAAAAGACCAUCUCGCCGACUGACAAGAAGGGUGGCCCACUAGGCGGCGGCGGCGGUGGUAGCAACAGUGGCAGCGGCAUGGAUAGCCGAUGAUAGCAUACGAGGCAUCAGCACUGUGCACGGUAUGUGCACUACUGCUUCUAGGGGUGAAGAAUGUUUGGCCGGAAACCCGGACUGUAGCUUGUUUUUUCCGCAAUCGGCGCUACCCAGUUUUAUCGCGAAACUACUAGAAAUAGGCUAGUACGUGUGUAUCAAACAGUGCUGGAACAUCGGUGAAGAGUAUAGUGAUGUAACUAUAUCAUAUACAGUUAAGUGUGAAAAGCCAGAUAGAAGUAUUGUCUUUUUUGCGGAGAGACUCUCUGCCAUCAGCAGCAUAAUUUCGAUCUUACUUUUUGUCUCAGUGUACAGUAGCUAUUUGUAUAGGACUUUCAUCGUUAUAGAGUACGGAUCUUCUUGCGAAUAGCAAAAUUCAUCCAUUUCCGCGCGUGUAGUCACUGCCCAAAAGACGACCGGACGUUUAUCCCCGUCGGAAGAAAACUAAUGAAAAAACAUAGUCAGACUAAAGAGAAUAGACCUUCAUAAUACCAGUUAUUUAGCUAGUAGCAUUAAAAUAUUAAAAGCUCAUACGCGCGUGAUAGCAGCGUGUGAUUAUUGUUUAGCAAGUACCCAUUAAAAGUAAUAUACACUUUUCACUCACCCACUCAAAAAAAAGAAGAUAGAACCCAUAAACUCACGGCAGAUCUAACCGGAUAGAUUAUGAAUUAGAAUCAUCCCCCCGCCCCAAACACUCGUCGUUCUUUGCCACCCGUCGCCAACAAACGGGGCCCCGUUAUAACGCGAAGCAUUCAAACAGACAGGGAUCGAUUGGAACGGAAGUUUUGUAUUAGAUUGUUGGUACUCUUUGCGGUGGCCAUUGUAUUUAUCUGUAAGAAAACACGUAAGCAGCGGGCUACUUUCGCCGAAGUUAAGUACCAUGAUCAUUAUUGUAAACCGAUUGCUCGCAUUUUUUUGUUUUUGUUCCGUUCGUUGUGCUAUCCAUAUCAUGCACGGUUCAAGUUUUGGAGGAACACAAACAUGUCGCUAAACGUAAGAGGACAUAAGAAAAAAAAAGAAUACAAGUGGUGAGAGAAGAAUGAAGCCUUCUUUGUACGAAGAUAAAGUCUAAGCAGUAAUAAUAAUAAUAAUGAUAGUGUGAUGAUCGAGUAAGAUUAAAACUGAAGAAGUAGCAGGUCGAGGGCAGCCUUUCGAGAGAAACUGUUUAAAUGUAAGAUGAGCAGCCCCCGGCCGGAGCAAUGUAAGUAUUUAUUGGUGUUUUAAAUUAUCAUGUUUAAUUGAACUGGUUGUAUGAUAUUUAGUGGAAUGUUGAAAAAUUUCGAAUUUUUAUCUGUUGGUUAAAAGAUGCAUUUUCAGUUUGACAUAAAAUCUAUUUUUGUUUUUUUUUCGUAUGAUAUGCUAAAUUGAGAUUGAAACGAACAAACCGAUUGGAAUUGAUCAAUUAGUUUGGCGGUUCCACUUCACUUUAACACAGUUUCACGUGCAUUAGCAGAUUAUUCUCACCUGGAGGCUCCAUGUGUCGCUGCUAGAUGCCGAGUAUUUGUAAAAAAUGCCGUCUAUUGUCGGUGUGUCAGUGGUUUUUGAUUAACAUAUUGCUUUUAUACAGAAAAUCCUGAAAAUCAAAAACAUUAGUCUAAUCCGUUUCGAGCUGGCGUUCCAGAAUCUAUGUUUCAUAAUAUGUUUACAGUCUAUUCAUCAACUGCACCCUUUGUUUAUAUUUUUGAAUAAAUCUGCCUAUUUUUUCUAUCCUUUUGAUAUUCUGGAUUGAUUUUGAAACAGAUUACUCAAGUUUCUCAGUCAUUAGAUACAUGAAGAAUUAAAUUUGUAUUUUGGAAAAUAAAGAUCCAAGUUGCAGCUAGCAACAAGCUCAACUGCACCAUAUCAUUUUGCACUUCAUUAAUGUCCACUAAAUAUCGUAGAUUCCACCCCCUUUAAAAUGUGCAAUAUUUCUUGCAAUCCUAUCUGAUACGUGUGUAUACUAGUUAAAUAAAAUAUAAGAGCUUCGUAUUUAUGUACCAGCCAAUUAUGCACGAACAUGUAACUUUUCCAAAUAUUAAAUUUAACAAAAGACAUCUCAAGUUUUCAUCACCUUUCUAUCUGUAACUGUUUGUAUGUAUCAAGUAUCAACUCAAGAAAAAGAAAAUGAAUAAUGGAUCCAUACCAUUUACCGAAAUAUUUUAGAAAUCCAACCUUCGAUGCGAACACCCAGAGAUGCAUUCAGUCGUUAAGUUACAACUUUCCAUCUACUAGAUAUAACAGUUGAAAAACGCAUCACCUUGAGAUGAAUUAUUUAUAUUUGUAUAUGAUUUUGUUAGACUUUUAAUGUGUAUUUUAUAGGAUGCUUUUCAGGAAUUCAUAAUUACGUGCAUACAUACAAGAAAAUACACUUUUAGGUAGGGUUUCAUUCUCUAUAUAUUUUGUAUGUCAAAAUAAUAAAAAGCAAUUAAUCUGUACAGCUGCGAAAGUGAUUUAACUACGUAAAUCAAUGGCACGCCUACCGCGUGCAAGUUCAACGAUAGUGUCGCAGUUAUCAUUGUUGUUAUUAUUACUUCGAUCCUCUCGUAAACGUCAUAGGGAAUAAGGUUUUGCGAUUGUGGACAGUACGAUGAAAACGUCGAUCAGCAGCGGGGACAGCUUAAUUUUAAUUUCUCUAAUCAUUUCGCAUCUAGUCGACAAUCAGCAGAGCAGCGGAGAGCGGCUGGGCGAAAUCUAUAUUUUAUCCCCCACUCAUCAUUACAAAAUACGACGCUUGCAACAAAACAUCCAACGUAGCUCGUUUGCAGGCAACAUCUUUCUCUUACUCAAUAGUGAUAAUGAUAAGAACUAAUUUACAGCACAGAGCAGUAACAUCUUGAGCCGUAUAGAAAUACAGAAAGAAUAGGCGAGGAUAGGAGCGGUUCGGGAUACAGAACGGGAAAAAAACGAUGAAAAACAGUCAUUUUGAGUACAAAGUCUUUAAUCCAAUAGUGGACAUGAAAAAAAAAAUGUAAUUUAUCUGUAACAUAAUAUUUAAACUAAAGCAAAGCAAACAAAAAAACGUAAAAAUGUAAAUAAAGAGAAACGAAAAAAAUCGAAAACUACAUGGCAGUUCAGCCAGAAACACAAAAACA